GACAAGGACAAGGACAAGGACAAGGAGCGAGAGACCCCACGCGAGCACACACCCUCGUGCGGACAUUCCAGUAAUAUUACCCUCUUAGUCGCCUUUUCCCGUGGAUCUUGCUUUUUCCCUCGGUUUGCUCGGUUCGAUUCCUUCUCGUAUUUAUUAAAGAGACCGCCUCCGCCAACCUCGUCAACGCUAUCCCCAGUCUCACUCCGCUCCUCGCUCAUUGCAAAAGAAGGAAACUCAAGCCCAACCGCACUUCCAACCUCCCCUCCCAAGCCAACACCUACCACCCACUCCAACUCUCCACCCACCGCCGACCCUCACACCGCCCGCCAACCCCCAACCCCCCGAAUUCGAAUUCCAGAAUGACAAUAGCAGCCCAGUCCCAAUUCGCAACAGUCGCCCACAACAGACCCUCCGGCGGGCCCUACCGUCUCUGCUAUGAACUGCACGGGGAGGGACCUAACAAGGUCUUGCUUGUUAUGGGCCUCUCCGGCUCUUUACGGAUGUGGGACACAACUGUACGACAACUCCUCGCCCGCGGCGGGUUCGAAGUCUGCAUUUUUGACAACCGCGACGCCGGCGAUAGUGACAAGCCUGGGCCCGGUUACUCCAUCCAGGACAUGGCGCUAGACGCCCUCGAACUCCUCCACCACCUCAACUGGACCCGCAACGUGUUUGUCGCAGGCAUAUCGAUGGGCGGGAUGAUCACGCAGGAACUGCUGCUUGCGGCGCCCGAAGGCACGUUUGCGAGCGCCGUGCUUAUUUCUACUCAUGCCGGUUUGACUGUUCCGCCGCUAGCAACCAUCGCAGUCUUCUCGAAACUCAUUCUCUGGCCCUGGGGUCGUACGGAAACGGACAUCAUCGAAGGGUUCUGCAAACUCGUCUUCCACCCGUCGUGGUUGGACGGCGAGGCGCCCGUCGACUCGGGGUACACGACCAACCGGGAGAUGAUGCAGCAGCAACUCCUCCGCGUCGGCCGCCAAAAAGGCCCGCAGCCCGACCACUCCCGCCGCGGGCAGAUCUGGGCCGUGCAGCGGCACUACGUCUCGCCCGCACGGCUGCGCAGGAUCGCCCAGCUGCAGAUCCCCGUGCUCGUCAUGACCGGGACCGAUGAUCUCUUGAUCCGCCCCAGCAACUCCCACCACCUAGCCCACCACCUCUCCUGCCCGCUCAAAGAGUUCCCCUCCGCGGGCCACGGCCUCCCGCAGGAACGCCCGCACCAGGUGCACAGUCUGAUGGUCGAGACGUUUCGGAAGAGCGCGGCUUACAUGAGCCAUACGAGUACGGGUGGGAAGCUGGUGGCGGGUGAAGGGCACGGCAGGGUGGAGGUGAAUGAGGAGGAGGUGAGGAGGAGGGUCCGGGAGGCGGAUGCGAGUGUUGCUAGUGCUGCGACGCUGUAGGUUGGGCGCGGGGGAUGUGUGUGUCGAUGCCAUGGCGCGGUUUUGGGAGUGUUGGAAAGUGGGAGAGUGUGUGGCUCCAGCGUCACCCCCCUGGGUCCUCCUCCGGUCCGUUAUCGUUUAUUCUUGUUCUUUUUGGGUGUGCCCGACCCUGUUUGUAACAUUUUUUUUUUGCGUGCGGUUGUACAGUAACUCCCUUCCCGUCAACGUACUUGAUAUCAAUGCGUUUCUUGCUCUCCCUUUUCUGGAUGGGGAAGACACGCCCAUGUAUUGUUUACACAUGCCCACCUUUGCGUUUGUGCUCGUUCAUGUGGGAGAGUCGUUUCAUCGUUACCCUGCAGCCAAGGGUGUUGCGAUGGGCUACUCAAUGUACAGUACGCGCGUUACGUGAGCACGGCGGACCUUCCGCAACGCGUUGUACUUGGCAAGGCCGGGUGACAACGGGAGACGUGGGUGUAUCUUGGCU